UGUCCCUCACGCUCAUCACUCACUCCCUCAGCAGUUCUGUCACUGAUCUCUCGCCGCUCUUUCCUCCAUAUACACUAUCACCCCACCGCUGACAUGGCUGAGGCAUUCGUAGGCACAUGGAACCUGAAGGAGAGCAAGAACUUCGAUGAGUACAUGAAGGCACUGGGUGUGGGCUUUGCGACGCGCCAGGUCGGCAGUAUGACCAAGCCCACUACGAUCAUCGAGGUGGCCGGGGACACGGUGACCCUAAAGACACAGAGCACUUUCAAGAACACAGAGAUCAACUUCAAACUGGGACAGGAGUUCGAUGAAACCACCGCAGAUGACAGGAAGGUCAAGUCCACAGUAACGGUAGAUGGUAACAAGAUGAUUCAUGUGCAGAAGUGGGACGACAAAGAGACAACUCUGGUCCGUGAAGUCAACGGCAAUGCCCUCGAACUGACACUGACACUUGGUGACGUCGUCUGCACACGCUCCUACACCAAGGCUGAGUAGCAACGUCCCUGGGAAACCUCCACUACUGUUUGCAAACCCCGCCGACCCCACUCACCCUUAACCGCCACUCCCACUGUGACGACCUCUAACCCCGGUCUGACCUCUUCCCCUGACCCCCUCUUGUGUUGUCUUGUACUUCUCAUUGUAGUGCUUCUCCUCUGUAUGAAUCACUGAAUAAAUUCCACCGAAGUCAU